UUAAAUAUGAACUGUGAACUGGACACUCUGUCUCUGUUUCUCCUUAUCCCUCCCUCUCCAACUAAUCUAUGGCAGCAACAGCAACUGCUGAGGCCAUCUCUGCUGAGACCUGAGGUAGAAACCUUACUGCUUCUGUCAAAGCUCCAGGCUAAUUCUGCUAUGCUCACACUGUGCUGUUCUGUACUGUGCUGUGCUGUGUUUCUAGCUCAGGUUUCUAAUUUUUUCUCUGUAUUGAUGUAUCUCUAUGUGCUUCUCCUGAAAUUCAGGAGCUCUCCAUGGAGUCAGGCAUCGACCCAGGCCAAGACUAUUACAGGGACGAAUACUAUAAUUACGACCAGGGGUGAGUCCAAUCCCCGCUGACCCUCCCAUCUCUCAUCAGUUUCGCUCUGAUCCAGUUAAUUUAAUUGAUCUCCACUGGUUAAUUGCUGAAAGUUAUGCCAUUAAGACUAAUUUACAAAUGUAUCAUGAACUUACAUUUCACAAGGCCCCGACACACACACACACACACACUGAGAGAUCCUACCUCUAACUUCCUUCAUACUGGACGCAAAGACAUACAAAUGAUAUCCACGAGUUCAUCUGACUCUGGGGAAGUAGAUUAAGGGCUUCAUUGGCAAAAUCCCAAACUAUCCCUUUAAGUGUAACAUAGUGCAGCUGGCUGGCAGGGUUGGCUAACACUCCAGUUAUUCAGAUCAUUCCUAAGUGUUUACCCUUUCCACUCCCACCAAAUAUGAUCAAUUACCCAGCCUUGAGCGGAGCAUGGCACCUGAGAGCUUGGUAAUGGUCCAGAGGAAAACGCUGGAAUUUACAGCGUUACGAACAGAUGCUGGCCAAAUGUUGUGCAUUGGACUCUCGUGUUCAGUGAGGGGUUCUUUAAAACACUCAGGCGAGUUAAGCUACAGUGAGGGAAAAAAGUAUUUGAUCCCCUGCUGAUUUUGUACAUUUGCCCACUGACAAAGACAUGAUCAGUCUAUAAUUUUAAUGGUAGGUUUAUUUGAACAGUGAGAGACAGAAUAACAACAAAAAAAUCCAGAAAAACGCAUGUCAAAAAUAAAUUGAUUUGCAUUUUAAUGAGGGAAAUAAGUAUUUGACCCCUCUGCAAAACAUUAUUUAGUACUUGGUGGCAAAACCCUUGUUGGCAAUCACAGAGGUCAGAUGUUUCUUGUAGUUGGCCACCAGGUUUGCACACAUCUCAGGAGGGAUUUUGUUCCACUCCUCUUUGCAGAUCUUCUCCAAGUCAUUAAGGUUUCGAGCCUGACGUUUGGCAACUCGAGCUUUCAGCUCCCUCCACAGAUUUUCUAUGGGAUUAAGGUCUGGAGACUGGCUAGGCCACUCCAGGACCUUAAUGUGCUUCUUCUUGAGCCACUCCUUUGUUGCCUUGGCCGUGUGUUUUGGGUCAUAGUCAUGCUGGAAUACCCAUCCACAACCCAUUUUCAAUGCCCUGGCUGAGGGAAGGAGGUUCUCACCAAAGAUUUGACGGUACAUGGCCCCGUCCAUCGUCCCUUUGAUGCGGUGAAGUUGUCCUGUCCCCUUAGCAGAAAAACACCCCCAAAGCAUAAUGUUUCCACCUCCAUGUUUGACGGUGGGGAUGGUGUUCUUGGGGUCAUAGGCAGCAUUCCUCCUCCUCCAAACACGGCGAGUUGAGUUGAUGCCAAAGAGCUCGAUUUUGGUCUCAUCUGACCACAACACUUUCACCCAGUUCUCCUCUGAAUCAUUCAGAUGUUCAUUGGCAAACUUCAGACGGCCCUGUAUAUGUGCUUUCUUGAGCAGGGGGACCUUGCGGGCGCUGCAGGAUUUCAGUCCUUCAUGGCGUAGUGUGUUACCAAUUGUUUUCUUGGUGACUAUGGUCCCAGCUGCCUUGAGAUCAUUGACAAGAUCCUCCCGUGUAGUUCUGGGCUGAUUCCUCACCGUUGUCAUGAUCAUUGCAACUCCACGAGGUGAGAUCUUGCAUGGAGCCCCAGGCCGAGGGAGAUUGACAGGUCUUUUGUGUUUCUUCCAUUUGCGAAUAAUCGCACCAACUGUUGUCACCUUCUCACGAAGCUGCUUGGCGAUGGUCUUGUAGCCCAUUCCAGCCUUGUGUAGGUCUACAAUCUUGUCCCUGAUAUCCUUGGAGAGCUCUUUGGUCUUGGCCAUGGUGGAGAGUUUGGAAUCUGAUUGAUUAAUUGCUUCUGUGGACAGGUGUCUUUUAUACAGGUAACAAGCUGAGAUUAGGAGCACUCCCUUUAAGAGUGUGAUCCUAAUCUCAGCUCGUUACCUGUAUAAAAGACACCUGGGAGCCAGAAAUCUUUCUGAUUGAGAGGGGGUCAAAUAUUUAUUUCCCUCAUUAAAAUGCAAAUCAAUUUAUAACAUUUCUGACAUGCGUUUUUCUGGAUUCUCUCACUGUUCAAAUAAACCUACCAUUAAAAUUAUAGACUAAUCAUUUAUUUGUCAGUGGGCAAACGUACAAAAUCAGCAGGGGAUCAAAUACUUUUUUCCCUCACUGUAGAUGGAGGACAAGCUAAACCCCUAAUUGAAUCAAACCUUAGUUAACCGUGUGAAAUGGAUCAUCGACCACGUAACAUAUUUUAAUUGCAUGAUCACGUAGGCCUCAUCAACUCUGUGAUUUACCCUCUCAUCAUCCAUUAAAAUUCUAAUUGAUGCUUAGUGUGUUUGUAUGAUGAAGCCCUUCCGUUGAGUCUUAAGGUAAUUGUGUUGUGAUUCCACUGUGGGACAGCAGGUCCCUAAAGCUGCUGCUGCUGAGGUUGCUAUCACGAUAACCCAGACUGCCUUUGAUCCAUUUCUAUUUAAAGAGCAACUUAAUAGCUGGGUUAAGCUCUUAAUCCAGCAAUCACUAGCUCUGGCGGUCUUCAGCUGCGACCCAGCGACCCCACGUGUUCAGAAGGUAUUGCUAAUGUAGAUUUCCCAUUGACCUGCUUCCUUCAGUUUCCACACAGAGUCACUGGUGUAAUGCAGCUUGCUUCUGCCACCCAUGCCAAGUGGGUUGCAGAUUGUACCACAAAUCUGUUUUGGCACGCAAUUUCAGGUCUGACGUUGAUACUGAUUGAUGUCGGCCCCACACUGCACCUCAUUUACAGAUUCAGUGUGGGGCUAAUGCAGAUUGUGAUAUGGGUCUUUUAAUUGUGCAUUGCCCAGUUUAGCCUUGUACAGAUUAAAUUAUGCAGCAGAUCAGUGUUGACCCCUUCUCUCAUGCGUGCACUUGGGAACUGUUGAUUUAAGAAUGUGUUAUGGACAUGUAACACAGUAAAUGUGCAAAUGUAAUAUUGUUAGAGCGAGUGCUUCAAAUAUCUCAUGCACCAGCUAUAUAAAGCUGGAGGGUUGUAUGUGUUUGUGGCUCACGUCCCUAGGGGUGUGAGCAGAGGUUGUUAGUUACUGUCAACUCUCAAAAAAUAUUUCACAAAUCAAGCAAAGAAGUUAUGGUUGAAACAUCCCUUUAAGCUGUUUCCCGUUUGCCUCUAAAUGUUUGUUUUGUCUCCCAGGUAUGACCUUCCUCAGUAUGGCAGUCGCAGGAAGCUGAUUUCUCCCAUGUAUGAUGAGUAUGGAGAGCUGAUUAUGGAGGAUGACUACUACACCCCCCAUGGGUCUGAGGUACUUAUUUUACUAUAUGUAUCAACACUUUGAUAUGAUCAACAAUUUGAUUUUGAUUAACAAUACUAUAUAUCAAUGAUUAUGAUUUAAGCACACAUAUGAUGUUCAGGGGAUCAAGUUAUCAUAGAGUUAGUUAACCACUACACUGCAUAACUAUAAUAACUACCCACUACAUAGCUACAAUAAUGCAAUAACAGAGUUCCAAUUUCAACUAUAUAAUGUUGUCUGAACUAUGUUGAUGCUGAAAAUCUUGUUGAAUCACAAGUGAUGUAACUGUGGCAGGGGCGAGGCAGAGGGCGUGGAAGGGGUACUGAUCGAGGAGGCAAGAGGGUGGGAUUCAGAGACCUUCCACCAGAGGAUGAGAUCGAGCAGGCAGAGCCAGUGGAGGGCGAGGAACCCCGUGAACCCUCCUCGGCUGCCAAGAGGCUGAAGUCCGUCAUGAAGCUCAGCAAGCUGCUAGCGGCCAGUAAGAGUGGAGACCAGACUGCUCCAGCCGGAGAACCAGGCCCAUCCCCCUGGAAGAAGGCCAAGAUGUUCAAGAUGUUUGGCGCCAAGAAGGACAAGGACUACGCCAAACUGAUGUCGGCCCGCCGCAUCGACAGCCAGGAGAGUCUGACGGGGGGACCUGCCAGUGAUGGUCCGAUAGACACCAAGUCCACCGCCAGGAGCCGGCUGGGCAAGGUGAUGAAGCGCAUCAACCUGAGCAACAGGCUGCAGGCAAGGAGGAAAUCUCAGGGAAGCAUUAGUCGAAGCUCUGCCACAGGUAGCGAGAAGAAUGAAGAUGCCUCGCAAGCUGCCACCAGUGAUGAGGAGAAGAAGUCCAAGGUGUCUAUCAGCGUGACGGUGGAGAGCGAGCCGGAGGCGAGUGGAAGCGGGAGUGGGAGUGGAAGUGGGAAGGGUUCUGAUGAGGAUUCAGAGAGAAGCAGUGUGGCGCUUUCCACUGAGGACAAAGAUUACCUGAAGGUGGAUCUGGACCGAGACGAUACCAAUGAAAGCACUGUAGACUCAGAAGAGGAGCCAGAGGAGCACCCAGAGGAUUCUGAUGAUGAGAGCAAAUCCAAGUCAGAGGGUGACGAGACAGAGAAGGAAUCUGGCACUGAAAUGGAAUCGGGGACAGAAAAAGAGUCUGAUUCAGAAAAAGAGUCAGGCUCAGAGAAAACAUCUGGGACAGAAAAGGAAUCAGGAUCAGAGAAAGGUUCUGAUUCAGAGAAAGGUUCUGACUCAGAGAAUGAAUCUGAUUCUGAGAAAGAAUCUGAUAGUGGGAAAGAGUCAGGGACAGAGAAAGAGUCAGGAACUGAAAAGUCAGGAACUGAAUCCAGUACAGAGAAAGGAUCUGGGACUGAGAAAGAUUCAGAGGAAGAGUCUGAAGAGGAUGAGGGGACUGGGGAGUCCAAAGAAAGUGGAUCCUCUGCCCGUUCUUCCAAUAAAUCAUCUGGGACUGCUACUGAAAGGUCCAGUGGAGGGACACAAGGCAGCAUGAGGAGCAGUGCCUCUGGCAUCAGCGGAAGUGGAAGUGCUAGUGACGCUGGUAGCGUUAGUGGCAGUGGUAGCGUUGGUGGCAGUGGUAGCAUAGGUGGCAGUGGUAGUGUUGGUGGCAGUGGUAGCGUUAGUGGCAGUGGUAGCGUCAGUGGCAGUGGUAGCGUUAGUGGCAGUGGUAGCGUUAGUGGCAGUGGUAGCGUUAGUGGCAGUGGUAGCGUAGGUGGCAGUGGUAGCGUUAGUGGCAGUGGUAGCGUAGGUGGCAGUGGUAGUGUUGGUGGUAGUGGUAGUGGCUCAAGCAGUGCUGCUUCCCAGCCUGGUUCUUCCAUAAGAUCGUCACAAAGUGCCGGCGGCUCAGAGAUGUCCAGGCCAGGAAGUGAGGGGGUCAGUGAAGGGGAGUCAGGGUCGGGAAGCUCGGUGUACAGCGGAGGCAGCCAGAUCCAGCUCUCUGGAUCAGAGGUCAGCGAGUCCGAGGAUAACCAGCUGACGGACCAAAGCUCCCUGGCGGGCAGCGAGAGGAGCUCCACCAGCUCCAGGUCCACUGGAGGCAGCCGCAAGUCCAUCCUGACCUGCAGUUCACAGGACACCAUCGAUGAGGAGAGUGAAGAGGAGGACAAAGGAGAAUCUGAGGAGGAAGUUGAUACCGCCGAUGAGAGAAAAGAGUCUGCGGAGGAGCUGAGUGACGGAGCAGCAUCCAGGAGGUCCAGCUUAUUGUCUGCUGGAGAAGGGCCCAGCCAUAGUCCCUACGCUGGAACUCCCUACGCCUCAGACUCCAGCAACAGCCUGACAGAGGCCUCAGAGGAGACCUUCGGAGGACUCUCUCCCAUCACAGAGGUGGACGAGGACGCCAUCACACCAUCUGAGAAAUCGUCUGAGUCUGACGCCAGUAGCCAGAGGUCAGCUGGUAGAUCCCAGUCUGGAGCCACGGAGGAGACCUCCGAUACCGAUUCAGAGUCUGACGGGAACGCCACAGCCUUCUGAGGAACGAGUUGGUCAGCUGUGAAGUAAGAUUGGCUGGAGUCGCCUCUCGCAUGGGAGUGAAGAGAAUACUGUGUGCUUCCUCCUGAGUGUUUAAUUCUCUCUACCUCUCUCUAUCUCUUGGAAAAUACUUAUUGCAUGGAAGUGGAAUGGGUUGUUCUCUUUUCAAUGGUGUUGAACCACACUUUGUGGCAUCUUUGUAUUUUCUCUCUUUCACAUUUUUUGGUUGUGCUCAAAAUUUAUCUUCAACAAAUUGCACAUUGUGUCUCUUUACUUAUAGCCAUAUGAUGACCAUAACAUAGCAGUGCUAUAAUCAUGUUUACAGAGUUGUGUGUUUCCUAUCCUGUUACUGUUAUAGAUUUAAAAUGACUUGUACAUUGAUUGGCAUACUUUUAUCUAUGAUCUGUUUGGAUGCAUGAUGUUUGAAUAUAUGGAAAUACUAUUUUAUCUGUGCAUUAACCUAAUCUUUCUCUCUCCAUCUUUCUUUCCAUAUUUUAUUCUCAGUCUGGAGUGAGAAGGAAGCGGAUCAAGCUGGUGGUGGACAGGGAGUAUGAGACCAGCUCCACGGGAGAGGACAGCGCUCCUGAACCCCAAAGGAACCGCAUGUCUAACAUCAACAGCCACGCUAACAUCAACGGGAACGUCUACCUCGCCCAGAACGGGACAAUUGUGCGGACCAGGAGGCCUGGCCACCCCAACAACCUCAAGGUGGGCUCCCCGGGCCGCUUGGGCAAACAGUUUAAAAAGUUGGACAUGCUGACUGAGACUCAGGAAGAUAAGCUUCCUCUGAACAGCGUGGGGGAACCAGUAACAGGAAAUGGAACAGGUACACUUACGGGCGUUUCCUCAAUCGUUGACAUUAACCUCAACACCCGGCCAUCCAGCGGGUCCCUGGGGUCCAGCAUCACGGGCCUUGACAGUAUUGGGUCCAAAUCCAAUAUUGCCAAGGCCCUACAUGACAGGAACAGCAGGAGUAACUGUUGUGUAGACGAGCAGGAGUCGUGUGUGGACAACAUGGCGUCGAAAGAAACGUUGACGUCCCACAGUGACCACACACUGUCGGAUGAGGAGGAGCUGUGGAUGGGGCCUUGGAACAGCCUGCACAUACCAAUGACUAAAUUAUGA